ACGUACUUUGAUUUGGUGGUAUUGCACUUAAAGAGGAAGAAAUAGCAAAACGCAGAAGACAUAUUAAAUAAUUUGAUUGAGUUAAUAAUGGAAUACUAACACAUAGGAGAGGACAACAUAAAGCACAACUUAGAUACUUUAAAAACAAUGUCGUAUAGAAGAGAAGAUAAAAGAUAUUUUAAUUCAUUUAUUUUGAACUGUUCAGAAUGUACUAAUGGUUGGAAUAGAUUUUGAAAGAUUGAACAAGAAAUACAAAUCAAUUUUAUCGAAUUUUAUUUCGGCAACUUAAGUUUUGAGAAAGUCCGACAAAUAAUAGAGAGAAGACAGCUAAAUAAUUCAUCAUGAGAUGGGAAGCUGUUUAUGCAGUAAUCUGUAUAUAUUUUGCAGCUGUAAACGGAAUAUGUGACAGAAAUGUUAUAUCAGCAUGUUAUGCUGGUGUUUUGGGUAGUGGUGAAAAUAUGCAAGCACAAUGUGCAGCAUAUGAGACCGUCAAGACAUGUAUAGCACCACAUAAAGAUGAAUGCGCUGGUGAUCCAACACUGACUGGCUUAGCAGGUUUAGAACAGUUGUGUGGUAGUGGUGGUGCUGGUAGUGCUGGCGGUGGUCCCCCACCAAAUAUUCCAAAUGGAUGUGCUGUUUCUAAAUUGAUGACAUGUGUUCAGAUGCUUCAAAAUUUGGUAACAGAGAAUUUCGAAGGAUUUCCUUCUGCUCAGCAAAUUAAUACAGUGUGUCCAAAUUUAAAAAGUUUCAAGAAUUGUGUAUCUCCAAUCGAAAGAGAAUGUGGAGCCAUUAGAACCGUUCAAGCACAGCAAAUCAUCAAAGGCAUUCAGGCAGUUGUUAGUUUGACCGACUUGAUGUGUGGCUCUGAAUUUAAAGCAGGUUUUCUGAAGCAUGGUAUGCAGUGCUUUGAUAAAAGAUCCUUCAAAAAUGCAACUCGAUAUAAAUGUGAAAGCCUUAUGGCUCCAAGACCAGAACCAUCUACAUCUCCAACUCCCGAAUCAAAAGCUCGGGAAUGUCAGCGUUCAACACAUAUGUUUGAAUGUAUUGCCAAGCAGGUGGAGGCUGAGUGUAACGAUGAAGCAGUAGCGUUUGUUCAAAAAGUUCAAAUCAAAUUCAUGAAUAUUAUGCUCGGAAACCUUGGCUGUCCAACAAGCGGUAGUGUCAGACAAGUGACGCAGCCAUCAGUAUUCUUAAUUUUUCUGUUGCCAGCUUUCUUCAUGUACUAGACGAUCUUUGGAACCAUAAACAACACGAAACAAAAAUUAUACUGAGUUACCACCUAGAUUGCCAGUAAAAUGGACAGAAACAAACAAAAUAAUCGGUUGUUUUUUUAAGAAUUGUGAAUCAAAUAUGCUUCUAACUUAAGAACAUUAACCAUUUCGAUAUUACACCUCCUUGACAUUCGCAUAUUUGGCUUUGAACGUACCUGUUGAAGGUACAUCCAGAACAUUUCAUCUGACGAACGAAUUCUAUGUUGUAUUCUUUUUAUUUUUAUAGAAGGUGUGAGAAAUACUAGAUGAAAUAUUUAGAGAGUUGAAAUAAAAAAUAAAAAAUGAUAAAUGCCAUUGUAACCAACGUUUCCUAAUCGAAAAAAUUUAGAUAUCAACAAAAAGUCAUAAUAAGUAAUUUAAAAUUUGGAGCCAGCUUAUUAUUUUUUUUUAAUUUUUUUAUGUUACAAAAUAAAUGGUAUAAAAAGAUUCAGUCUAAUUCAAAAGGAAUUUUUUUCAUAGACUUUAGUAUUGUAUAAAGAUAAUGUAUUUUUAAUUAAUUAGAAAAAUAAUUAAAAAAAUUAGUGUUAUGUAUUUUAAAUUUGUGACUACAAAUUGUCAAAAAACGUUUUCGUCUAUUAUUCAGUUUUUCAGCAUUUUCUAACUUGAUUGAAUUUGUGUUUGUAUAUAUUAUUAUAUAGUAAUCACUUCAUUGCUUUGAUGACACAGAGUUGAAAAACAUUGUUUUAUAUGGGUUAUAUGAAGGUGUCCUCCAGAUUUGUUGUGUAAUAUUAUCAUAUAUAAUUUUGAAUAGAAAAAUUGCCUGAAAGGAUUCCUUUAUUUCCAGCUUUUAAUACAACUGCCAAUAUUAAAUUUGCUAAAAACUUGCCAAAACAUGCUGCUUUAAAUUUAAAGCAUAUAAGUUUGAGUAUGAUAUAAAGGUAUUUAACUAUCUUUUAAUGCAAAAUUGAAUUUGAUAUAUGCACGUUUUUUGCAUAAUAAAGGAUAGAUUAUUUAAGAUUCAAAAAUUAAGAAUUACGCACAUAACACGUUCUUUCAAACUGUUAUUGUUUAUUGAAAAUAAAGGCAUAACAAUCCGUUUGAUAUUAAUUAAGACAAGUAAUAUUCAAAACGUCAUUAAAAAGGGGGCGAAAGAUACCAGAGUCAAACUUAUAGAUCGAAAAUAAACUGACAACCCAUGGCAAAAAACGAAAAAGUCUAACAUUCCUCCAGGUGCGGGAGUUUCUCGCUACAUUGAGGACCCAUUGGUGGCCUUCGGCUGUUGUCUGCUGUAUGGUCUGUUUGUUGUCGCUUUGACAUAUUCCUCAUUUCCUUUCUUAAUUCUAAAUAAUAGUAUACAUGACACAACAUAGAAAACUACAAACUAAGCAACACGAACACAACCAAAAACUGUCAACAGUCAUAUGCCUUACUUGACCUCUUUGUAAGACAGUUUUAAACUGCUGGUGAUGUGAUUUUUAUUUUCUAUUUGCAGUAUUUCAAUGAUAUUAUAAUGUUCUUUGAUCUUGUGAAUUUGAUGUGUAAAUCUUUUUACCCAUAAUCGGAAAUUACGUGUAUGCAUUCAAUGAACAAUAGAUAGUAUAAUACAAAGAAAGAUAAUAUGUGGAAGCAAAAGGUUUAAAAAAUAGUUUAAAGCCGGAAAGGAAUCAUCGAAACGGAUGUGUAUAGUGAUAUAGAUAUGGAAAGAAGAAAUAUUAUAUUUGCAUUUUAACUUAAUUUAAAUGAUCAUUUAUUCAAAGGUUUCUAGCAACGACUUUUACCUGAGGUUCUGGUAAUAUGUGAUUCCUUUGUAGUUGUAACGUGUAACAAUAGAACAUAGUUUCCUUUUUCAAAUAAAUACAUUCUGUAAAUGUA